CAGGUGGCAGCGGUGACAGUGACAGCGGCAGCGGCAGCAGUCUGUGCGCUUCCUCUCCCAGGAGCACCCGCAUCCCGCCUCCGCCGCGCCACUGAGCUGCCGGCGAUCCCGGGAGCCCCGGCCCAMGCGCCCACGGCCGAGCCCCGCGCACAAUAGCGGCGGUCGCAGCUGCGGCUCCGAACCUGGACGCCAGCCAUGGGGAAGACGCCGAGGAAGGGAUACGACUACAAGCGCUUCCUGAAGAAUAACUGGUUGCUGCUCUCCACCGUGGCCGCGGUGGUGCUAGGCAUUGCCAUAGGAGUCUUAGUUCGAGAAUACAGCAAGCUCUCGAAUCUGGAGAAAUUCUACUUUGCUUUUCCUGGAGAAAUUCUAAUGAGGAUGCURAAACUCAUCAUUUUGCCAUUAAUUAUAUCCAGCAUGAUUACAGGUGUUGCUGCACUGGACUCCAGUGUAUCUGGAAAAAUUGGAYUGCGUGCUGUAGUAUAUUAUUUCUGUACCACCAUCAUUGCUGUAAUUCUAGGUAUUGUGCUGGUGGUGAGCAUCAAGCCUGGUGUCACUCAGAAGGUGUCUGAAAUCGACAGGAUGGGGAGCACCCCGGAAGUCAGCACAGUAGAUGCCAUGUUAGACCUGAUCAGGAAUAUGUUCCCUGAGAACCUUGUCCAAGCCUGUUUUGAGCAGUACAAAACCAAGCGUGAAGAAGUAAAGCCCCCCAGUGAUCCCCGGAGGAACAUGACAGAGGAGCCUGUCACCACCAUGAUGUCCACAGUUUCCGAGAACAAAACAAAGGAAUACAGAAUCGUGGGCAUGUAUUCAGAUGGCAUUAAUGUUCUAGGCUUGAUUAUUUUUUGCCUCGUUUUCGGACUGGUCAUUGGAAAAAUGGGAGAAAAGGGACAGAUUCUGGUGGAUUUCUUCAACGCCUUGAGUGACGCAACCAUGAAAAUUGUUCAGAUCAUUAUGUGUUACAUGCCACUUGGUAUUUUGUUCCUGAUUGCUGGGAAGAUCAUAGAAGUUGAAGACUGGGAAAUAUUCCGCAAGCUGGGUCUUUACAUGGCUACUGUCCUAAGUGGGCUUGCCAUCCACUCCAUUGUAAUUCUCCCACUGAUAUAUUUCAUAGUCGUCCGGAAGAACCCUUUCCGAUUUGCCAUGGGCAUGGCCCAGGCUCUCCUGACAGCUCUCAUGAUCUCUUCCAGUUCAGCCACACUGCCCGUCACCUUCCGCUGUGCCGAAGAAAAAAACCAGGUGGACAAGAGGAUCACUAGAUUUGUGUUGCCCGUUGGUGCCACAAUCAACAUGGAUGGGACUGCACUCUAUGAAGCAGUGGCCGCUGUGUUUAUUGCGCAGUUGAAUGACUUAGACUUGGGCAUUGGACAGAUCAUCACUAUCAGCAUCACAGCCACAGCUGCAAGCAUCGGAGCUGCUGGUGUGCCCCAGGCUGGCCUGGUGACCAUGGUGAUCGUGCUAAGUGCUGUGGGCCUGCCUGCCGAGGAUGUCACCCUGAUCGUCGCUGUCGACUGGCUCCUGGACCGGUUCAGGACCAUGGUCAAUGUCCUCGGUGAUGCAUUUGGGACUGGCAUUGUAGAAAAGCUCUCUAAGAAGGAGCUGGAGCAGAUGGAUGUUUCAUCGGAAGUCAACAUUGUGAAUCCCUUUGCCUUGGAAUCCACAAUACUGGAUAAUGAAGACUCAGAUACAAAGAAAUCCUAUGUCAAUGGAGGCUUUGCAGUGGACAAGUCCGACACUAUCUCCUUCACCCAGACCUCACAGUUCUAGAGCCCUUAGCUUCAGAUGACUGGAGUGAUGAAGGACAUCUCCAUGAGAGUCAUCUCUUAGCGAAUUCAAACAUGAAGAGAAACGCUAAUGGUCAAUUGUACAUGUAGUUUGAUAAACAGACCUCCAGAUUAUUUUCUAUAUUUGGCUUCAUAGCCUUUGUUCUCUGGGUUUUGGGAUUUGGGGUUGGGGUAAGAUAAAAGGAAAUUGAUUAAAAGAAAGUUGCAUUAUCUGGGUUUGAAAAUUUCUAUAAAACAAAGUUUGGAAGUAUAUGAAGUAAUAACUUUUUAGAAUUAGGUAACAGAUGUGGAAGAGAGAUUGCUUUCUCAUGCAUAAUCAGUGAUUUGGGGUUUUUAAAAAUUUCUGUCAUUGGUUACAAAUUUUUACUCAGACUUUCUAUUGGCAUGGAUUUCCUUUGACUUCUCACUUUUUAUAGAUUCUAAUGCAUCUGAACAACCCCACCUGGUCAAUGUGCCAAAUUGUCCAUUUUGAACUCAUCUCCAGCCAGUUUCAAAGACAYUGUUUUGGAAGACAAAACAAAACAGACCAGCACAGUUCUGCAAUAACAGUUUUAACUUUAACAUGGGCAUAGCAUUUAGGGAGAAGGGUUCUUUAUUCAAUGUACUGUAUUGGGACGCUGGUAACUGUUAACCCAGUGUUCAGUAUAGAACUAUAUAUAUAUAUAUAUGUGUGUGUAUAUAUUUAUUAUUUUCAUAUAAUUUACAAGACAGAGA